CACCAAAAAAAAAAAAAAAAAAACAGGGAACGCCCAGUAAGUUACGCCACCACCACGACUCACACUUCCGGACUCCAAUGUAAGCGCAGAGAGGAGAGCAUCGUUAUCAUGGGAAAAAGCUGCAAAGUGGUGGUGUGCGGCCAGGCUGCAGUUGGUAAAACGGCCGUGUUGGAGCAGCUACUCUACGCCAAUCAUGUAGCAGGUUCCGAACCCAUGGAGACGCUGGAGGACAUCUACAUUGGCUCCAUCGAGACCGACCGGGGCACCCGAGAGCAGGUGCGCUUCUACGACACCCGGGGCCUCCGCGAAGGCGUGGAGUUCCCACGCCACUACUACAGCUUCGCCGACGGCUUCGUGCUGGUUUAUAGCAUCGACAGCAAGGAGUCCUUCAAGCGCAUGGAGGCUCUUAAAAAGGACAUUGAUCGUCACAGAGAUAAGAAGGAGGUGACCAUUGUGGUUCUGGGCAACAAGCUGGACAAACAGGACGAGCGGCGCGUGGACGCUAACAUGGCGCAGAACUGGGCCAAGAACGAGAAGGUGCGACUGUGGGAGCUGUCGGUGGCCGACCGCCGCACGCUCAUCGAGCCCUUCGUGUAUUUGGCCAGCAAAAUGACGCAACCGCAGAGCAAGUCCACCUUCCCGCUCAGCCGGAACAAGAACAAGGGCAGCGGACCUACAGACGGCUGAGGAAACUCUCAUUGUUUGAUCAGAUUCAAGUGGGAUAAAAUAUGAAAGAAGACAACUCAAGGGGGGCAGAUUGUUUUUCACAUCAGUGUACUGUACUGGGCUCGGCGUUAAGACUAUUGUCUCACUUGAAUGGCCACCUGACAUUUUAGGGCCAUUGCAACACAUGCUGUGGAUGUUUCGUCAGGGGAAUGAUUUACACUGCUUCGCUCUAUUCAAUGACUGAAUUUUGAUGAGCAUUUCACACAAGUUAGCGAGUUUCAUUGUUAUAUACGGAGACCAGUGCAAUGUGCAUAGUAUAAAAGAAUCCAAAAUGCUUUCUUUCAGGGAUCCAAUGUUUGUUUAACAUGUUUUUAUUGCUGUAAAUAAUCAUGCUUUAAAAAAAAUUUUUUUUUGUUCUGUUAAUUGUCCUUUUAAACUGCAUUUGCAUGUUCAAUAAAGUAUUUGUGCCUAA